UAUAUAACAGCAAAAAUCAUUUACAUUUCUUUAAGUAUUCUUUACUUAAGUCUCGGUAAAAAAAAAGUAUUCUUUACUUCAGAGAUCAAAUACACACUCAUGGAGAGGUUCCAUAAGUUUCCUCUCCUAGGUUUGGUUCUUUUCCUCGGCUUUAUCGGCUCACCGACCAAGGCCAUUGUACAUGCAUGCUCUAGUACAGAACUAACCUUCAGUCGUGCCAACUUCCCGGAGGGUUUCAUUUUUGGUACCUCAACCGCAGCUUUUCAGGUUGAAGGAGCUGUACAUGAAGGAUGUAGAGGUCCAAGCAUGUGGGACACCUACACUAAGAAAUUCCCACAUAGAAAUAAUUAUCAUAAGGCCGACGUUGCCGUCGAUUUCUACCAUCGUUACAAGGAAGAUAUCAAGUUGAUGAAAGAUCUGAACACUGACGGAUUUAGAUUUUCCAUUGCAUGGCCUAGAAUAUUCCCACAUGGUAGGAUGGAGAAAGGAAUAAGCAAAGCAGGUGUGCAGUUUUACCACGACCUAAUUGAUGAGCUCCUCAAAAAUGAAAUAACACCGUUAGUAACCGUUUUUCACUGGGACACUCCUCAAGACUUGGAAGAUGAAUACGGUGGCUUCUUAAGCGACCGUAUAAUAAAGGAUUAUACGGAGUACGCAAAUUUCACGUUCCAGGAGUACGGACACAAAGUGAAGCAUUGGAUCACAUUUAACGAGCCAUGGGUAUUCAGUCGAGCUGGCUACGACAUCGGGAAAACAGCACCGGGACGUUGCUCUAAGUACAUCAAAGAGCAUGGGGACUUGUGUCACGAUGGACGAUCAGGACAUGAAGCUUAUAUCGUUAGUCAUUAUAUGCUCUUGGCACAUGCGGAUGCCGUAGAGGCCUUUAGAAAAUGCGACAAGUGUAAAGGUGGUAAAAUUGGGAUUGCUUAUACUCCGGCUUGGUUUGACCAGAACGAGCUCACGGAUGAGCCGCACAAGCUCUCAGAAGAAGAACACGCAACUCCUGCAACUAAUUUGAUUGACUUCGUCUUGGGAUGGCAUUUGAAUCCGACCACGUAUGGCGAUUAUCCACAAUCGAUGAAAGAUCAUGUCGGAGAUCGACUACCAGAAUUCACAGAAGCACAGAAGAACAAGUUGAAAAAUUCUGCUGAUUUUGUAGGAAUCAAUUACUAUUAUUCACUAUUUGCACUGCACGGCGAAGAGCAAGAUCCUUCGAAACCGAGUUGGCAGAGUGAUUCUCUCAUUGACUAUGAACCUAGGUAUGUGGAUAGAUUCAAUGCCUUUACAAUCAAGCCUGAUGUUGCUAAAGUUGACGUCUACUCAAAUGGUUUGAGAAGACUUCUGAACUACAUAAAGGAUAAAUAUGGCAAUCCUGAAGUCAUUAUCACCGGGAAUGGAUACGGAGAGGAUCUAGGUGAGCAAGACAGAAGUCUUGUACUGGCGCUCUCAGAUCACCACAGAACAUACUAUAUUCAGAAGCAUCUCUUGAGCUUGCACCAAGCAAUUUGCGAGGAUAAAGUAAAUGUUACAGGGUAUUUUCUUUGGUCAUUGAUGGAUAAUUUUGAAUGGCAAGAGGGGUACAGCGCGAGAUUUGGACUAUACUACGUCGAUUACAAAAAUAAUUUGACGCGCCAUGAAAAAUUAUCAGCCCAGUGGUACUCGAGUUUUCUCCAAGAUGGAAAAGAGUUCGAGUUUGAUCAGCACGAUGAGUACCAUGAGCACGAUGAGUACCAUGAGCACGAUGAGUUGUAGAGAGAAUGUUCUACUACCGCCUUCGAUAUUUUGAGUCAUAAACUACAAUCAACUAAUGUAUUUCCAUAUUCAAGAAAUAUAAUCAUAUUUAUCCAUAUAAAAACAAGUGAAGUUUGGAACCCUAUA